GCCCUUAAAGGGGCGGGGUAUGGAAAAGAAGACGAAUGUAGCCGAUAGCAAACAAGACUGGCAAGCAAGUAGGAAUUUUCUUACUAUUCUCAUUGUCCUCAGUUUUUCGGGUCAAGAACCACCAAACAGCGCCUUUUUUUUCAUCUGAAAGCGAUCCCGGUAGUGGACAACAUAGGAAGUCUGCCUGCUUUCCCCUUUGCAUCCAGUAACGAAGUCAUGUCAGCCCCAGGUUACCCAUCCCCUCACCAAGGUCCUGGAAGUUACUCCAUGGCCCCUUACCCUGUUCCUCAGGGGGGGUAUGGUGACCCUAACCAAGCUCCACCACCGGUUGGCUUCCAUAUGGGCUACAACCACCAACAACCCCAGCCAGGCCACCCAGUUAUGUACCAGCCUGGACCAGUAGGCCAGGGCCCAGGUCCUAUGCCCAUGCCUGAAUAUGGUGCACCUCAGAUGGGUCCUAGCCCAGGCUAUGGUGGUCACAUGCCCGGGCCAGAAUACGGUGCGGCUAACUCAGGGCCUCAUGCAGCCAUCUCCCCAGCCCCUGCAGGAGUUGUGCCAGUCGGCGUUCCACCUGGUCUGGAGUACCUAACACAGAUUGACCAGAUCCUUAUACACCAAAAAGUGGAGUUGCUGGAAGCGUUCAUCGGCUUUGAGACCAACAACCAGUACGAGAUCAAGAACAGCCUGGGUCAGAAGAUCUACAAGGCCAAAGAGAAGAACGACUGCUGCACGCGCAACUGCUGCGGCGCCCUGCGCAGCUUCGACAUGAAGAUCAAGGACAACAUGGACCGUGAGGUCAUCCGCCUCAUACGACCCUUCCGCUGUGCCUCUUGCUGGUGCCCCUGCUGCCUGCAGGAGCUUGAGGUCCAAGCCCCGCCUGGCACCACCAUAGGCUAUGUGUCCCAGGAUUGGAACCCCUGUGUGCCCAAGUUCUCCAUCAAGGGUGCCAACAAGGAGACCGUGAUGAAGCUGGAGGGACCCUGCUUCGCCUGCAACUGCUGCGGGGAUGUCAACUUUGAGCUGACAGGGAAAGAUGGAGGCAAGCCCAUCGGCCGCAUCAGUAAGCAGUGGAGUGGCCUGCUAAAGGAGGUCUUCACCGACACAGACAACUUUGGCAUCCAGUUCCCCCUGGACAUGGACGUCAAGAUGAAGGCCGUGCUCAUGGGCGCCUGCUUCCUCAUUGAUUUCAUGUUCUUUGAGAAGGUUGGCGACAUGAACCAGCGCAACACAGUCUUCUCGUAACAAAGGAAAAAGGAGGGAAAGACCGAGCGCUUGAUUCAAUGCACUCUGUUUUUCAGUUCAAGUUCGGAACCCACUUUUUUUUUUCCCAGAUUCCGGAUGCAACUCCUUCCUUAUUCCAAAGCUUAGAGGAAGCUGCCAUUCCAUGCCAGUCCCAGAACUCUUUGUGUGAAACAGCAUGAGACCUUCUGACGAUGAGCUUUCCUUUGCGCCAAAAUUGCCUUUCGGGACUGUUUCUGUCUAUCCGUCCAAAUGUAAGAAUCAGGAAGUUUUUUUUAAUAUAUUUUUUUCUUAUUUUCUUUAAACAUUUAUUUCUUUAUCUGUAUGUGUGGGUUUCAGUAUAGAGGGAAAAGUACCAGUUUUAUAUCAACCUAAAUUGGCAUUCUUAAAUCUACAUUCCAGAUGUCUUUGCUGACAACCACAGCAACCACCUGAAUACCAUCAUGUUUAAGUAGAAAUAUAAGACUCUACAUUUUGCGAUUUUCUGUUUUGCAUUGAUAUAUUUAGCAUCAUGUCAUUCAUAAACCAAAUGUAUAUGUUAAUACACGUCUAUCUUUCUAAACUUGAACCAGCCAUCAAAUGUAUUACUGUAGGGAUCUAAGUAAUUUCAUGAUUUAGUCUAGUACUUCUAAAGAGAUUGUAGAAUUUGCAUGUACAAUACUAUACCAGCUAUGGUGUUAUUAGCUCCCGUAUCAUAUUUUGUAAGAUGAUUAUGCACAUAACCAUACAAAGUAUACUUAUGCGCUAUGGUGAAAACUAGUCAUUUGAGACUUGGGACACUAUUAGUAGUGGGAAAAGGCUAAUUUUGACUAGGAAUGCUUGUGCUAAAUGUGUAGGAAAAUCAGAUAGUUCGAGAUAUGUUUAUGUAUUCUAAAGUGCUCUUUCUCUAGCCUUGUCUCAUACAGUAUGUGUAACUAUGUUGUCAUGCCACACAGUUGGCUACAGCACAUGCAGUAGGGGCACGAGGCUUCUCUUUCCCUGCCUCUUUUCUCUUGGCGAGUCUCCCUGACUUUGUGCAUUGUUUGCGGUGUGCAUGGUCUGUUCUGUUGCUAUGGAGACUCACUCCUUUUUUUUGUCUCUAGAGAUGAAAUCUGUGCCUGUAGAAACUGAAAGGAAGAGGGCGUGGUGAGAGGGGGAAACCGGAAAAAGAGAUGUGGGUGGGAGAGAACAUUACUGAACAUUGAGGUCAGGCAGUUAGCCUCUAACAGCCUGGAAAAUAAGAGUCAGGGAAACACUUUACUUUCCUGUGUAACCAUGCUACUAUAUUAGUGAAAGGAUGCCAUACUAAUUGUGUUGGUAAGUAAACUGUACUCACCCGGCAUAGAUCCUUAAUGGCUGUUUAACAGAUUUGAAUGUCUGUUUCAAUGUCCAUACUAGCAUACUACUUAGAAUGCAUGGCCAAUACAUUAAUUAAUUCUAAGUAGUAUGCUAGUAUGGACAUUGGAAUGUUACCAUGUGAUUGGGAGGAGUAAAUUAACAGUUCAGUGGAACUGUGGCGCAAAUGUUGCGAAGAGCAGUCGUCCUUGGAACAAAGCGUUAAGUCUUUAACCUUUAUAUUGGUGUGUCUCAAAUUACCAUAGAGAUGGAUAGAGGACGCUUGUGCCCAAAAGUCUGUUUUAGCAUGGGCAGUGCCAUUGACUUUCACCAGUUGAAGUAGUUAACUGAGUGGGACUUCCUAUGAGUUAAGGAAGGAUCACACAAUUCCAUCUGGGUCAUCAGGAGGGAUCAGCCAGUUAAUUAUACUCGUGAGCAAACAUUCCACAGCUGCAGGUGACAGUAAAUUGCAAAUAUUUGCUUUACCCCUGUUUAAACACAUUUGAGGUUGCAGUACCCUUUCAGUUUGUUUACCAAUGCAUAGGAGUAGACAUUUGACUGCUUUGAAGAGUGACUGCCUUUAAGAAGCUAGGAAUACCUUUGAAAACAGCAUCCAUAUGAGUAAGUUAUUCUAGUGCCAAAAUUGACUACAAAGUGUAAAUAGGAUAAUUUUGGUUAUAAAGUCAGUCUUGUCUAAAACUGAGUUUGGAACAACGGGUAAAUUAAUGUUGGGAUUUGACGAUGUCCAUUUGCCCACUAACAUGGGGUGAACAGCUUCAUUGAUUGUUCUCUAUCCAAUAGCAUAGACAGUGAGACAGACUUGUCCAGUAGCUCCGACUUUAAGUAAGACGACACGUCGCAUAUUUUACUUGCGAAAUACUGCACAUAUAAAACAUCCUCUGCAAAAACGUCAAAAUGAAUUACAGAUUUCUUGAGUUGAAUCUUAGAUCCAUUCUGGGGAUUUUGAGGAAGUUUUAUGGACUUCUGCAGUGUCUCAUGGGGGGACAAACAUGAACCAAACACCAAAUUGGUCAGGAAACUAACCUCCAAGACUGACAUCACAUUUUUUCUAAUGAACAACAGAAAAAAAAACGUGCUAAUCGAUGUGUUCAGUAGCUCUUUAAUGGAGAUGCUCACAGAUGCCAGAUACAAAGAGUCCUCUAUCAGUAUCUAUGGUCUAAAUGGAUAAUGUGUCCCUCAACGGGGUGGGGUUGUGGUUCACAAAAGUGCCUUUUUACAUCCCAACUAUCUUCACUGUCAAAAUGUCAAUUGUUUCAAUAUUGUAAUGUACUACUUUGGGCUAAAUGGGGAGUAGGGAGCCAUUUUGGACACACAAGUGUCUGUCAAUGACUUCUCCAAAGCCACUAUCAUGAAGCAUCGAAAUAGUGUCAUAUUGAUGUGUUUCAAUUUAAUAUAAGCUACACUUUAUACAAGGUGAGAUUGUAUUAUUGCCAUUACUGUACUCUGUAUGCAUUCACAUUUUACAUUAAAGUCAUUUAGCAGACGCUCUUAUCCAGAGCAACUUACAAAUUGGGUAUGCGAUAGCUUAAUGUUCUGUUUGUGUGUAAGCAUGACCCCUAUCAAGGAAAUAGCCAAUGGAUGUGUUUCUAGUGCAUUUUCUACGUUUUCAUGGGGUACGGUGUUGACUCUUUUUACGCAGUGUUUGUAGUCUUGAGAACCUGACCAUAGGCAACAGCAGUGACUGAUGCAAACUAGCCACUUGUAAAAUGCAAUCAUUAAAAAUAACCUCUGAUCUCCAUCUUGCUAGCUAUUAUUUUGUAUUUUUUUCAAGUGGAUAGGGUAGUGAAAUAUGAAGUGAUGUAGUUCUUCUACGCCAAACUGGCGUUUUUUCCCGUUCAGACGUGUUGAAGUGAACAUUUGAACAUUUUGGGAGGCAAACCAGAUGUCUAGAGGCUGCAUUGUUUGUGGAUAGUGCUUGGUGUGUGCAUUAGGCAAAUAUGUCAAACAUUUAAAUGCUUUGGGGCAAGUGGAGAUGUUUUUGUACCAUUUUUGUUUCCGAACAUUUUCCUGGGAUCCUUUUUCAAAUGUUAUGUUUUUUUUUACAUACAAAAACCCCUCACUCCAUUGUUUGUCAAAAUAAAUGGCAGAUUGGUCUUCUUAAUCGAUCUUCUUCUGAGUCAGAAACUAAUGUGAUUGGUUACUUUUAUGCAAGCAAUCCACCCGGAGGAUUUACAGUAUACUGCAACUAAUUAAACCUACACCUCAGCCUU